CCUCUUUUGCAUUUCUUAGGUUUGGAAAAGCCUUUUGACCCAGGAAUCACCAAGAGCUGUUCCAAAAUAGAAGGGCAUAAGAAAUUUAUUCAAACUAGCUUGGCCUGAGUAGGAAGUAAGAAGAGAGUUAUAGACGGGUUGCAUUGAGGAAUGAAGAGCUGCUGUGUGUAUCCACAAAUCUGAUUGACUUGCUCAGGGAGGCUAAAGCAUCUAUCUCCAGAAAUGUCUUUGGAAAGUAAAGAGCAAUAUGAUCUGUCACCCAAGAAUUCAGUUGAAGGAAAUCACCAACACAGUCCUCUGUCUGAUAUGCAUCCGGAGCUUGAAAAGGAAUCAAGUACCAACUUGAAGCAAUUUGAAGCCAGUGAUCAAUGCACACCUUAUCGUAGGAUCCAUAUGGAGCCUCAAGAGAAACCAAGUACUAACUUCAAGCAAUUUGUCACUAAAAAACUGCAGAAGAGUUGCCAGUGCAGUCCAGCCAAAGCCAAAAAUAUGAUUUUGGGUUUCCUUCCUGUUUUGCAAUGGCUCCCAAAAUAUGAUCUGAAGAAAAACAUUUUAGGGGAUGUGAUGUCUGGCCUGAUUGUGGGCAUCUUAUUAGUGCCCCAGUCCAUUGCCUAUUCCCUCUUGGCUGGUCAAGAGCCUAUCUAUGGUCUGUACACGUCUUUUUUUGCCAGCAUCAUUUAUUUCCUGUCGGGCACCUCCCGUCACAUCUCUGUGGGCAUUUUUGGAAUCUUGUGCCUUAUGAUUGGUGAGGUAGUUGACCGAGAACUACACAAAGCUGGCUAUGACACUGCCGAAAACGCGCCUUCUACUUUAGGAAUGGUUUCAAAUGGGAGCACGUUAUUAAACCAGACAUCAGACUGGGUGUGUGACAGAAGUUGCUAUGCAAUUACUGUUGGCAGCACUGUGACCUUUAUGGCUGGAGUUUAUCAGGUAGCGAUGGGCUUCUUCCAAGUGGGCUUUGUUUCUGUCUACCUCUCAGAUGCCUUGCUGAGUGGAUUUGUCACUGGUGCCUCCUUCACUAUUCUUACAUCUCAGGCCAAGUAUCUCCUUGGGCUCAGCCUUCCUCGGAGUAAUGGUGUGGGCUCGCUCAUCACUACUUGGAUACAGAUCUUCAGAAACAUCCAUAAGACCAAUCUCUGUGAUCUCAUCACCAGCCUUUUGUGCCUUUUGGUUCUUUUGCCAACCAAAGAACUCAAUGAGCACUUCAAGUCCAAGCUUAAGGCACCGAUUCCUACUGAACUCAUUGUCAUCGUGGCAGCCACAUUAGCCUCUCAUUUUGGAAAACUAAAUGAGAAAUACAAUACCAGUAUUGCUGGGCCUAUUCCCACGGGGUUUAUGCCACCGAAAGCACCAGACUGGAAUCUAAUUCCUAGUUUGGCUGUAGAUGCAAUAGCUAUUUCGAUCAUUGGUUUUGCUAUCACUGUAUCACUUUCUGAGAUGUUUGCCAAGAAACAUGGCUACACGGUCAAAGCCAAUCAGGAAAUGUAUGCCAUUGGCUUUUGCAAUAUCAUCCCCUCCUUUUUCCACUGCUUUACUACCAGCGCAGCUCUUGCAAAGACCUUGGUUAAAGAAUCAACAGGCUGCCAAACUCAGCUUUCUGGUGUGGUGACAGCCUUGGUUCUUUUGUUGGUCCUCCUGGUAAUAGCUCCUUUAUUCUAUUCCCUUCAGAAAAGUGUCCUUGGUGUAAUCACCAUUGUAAAUCUCCGGGGAGCCCUACGCAAAUUUAAGGAUCUGCCCAACAUGUGGAAGGUUAGCAGAAUGGAUACAGUUAUCUGGUUUGUUACCAUGCUGUCCUCUGCACUGAUAAGUACUGAAAUAGGCCUGCUAAUUGGGGUUUGUUUUUCUAUGUUUUGUGUCAUUCUCCGCACUCAGAAGCCAAAGACUUCGUUGCUUGGUUUGGUGGAAGAGUCUGAAAUCUUUGAAUCCGUGUCUGCUUACAAGAAUCUUCAGACUAAGCCGGGCAUCAAGAUAUUCCGUUUUGUAGCCCCUCUCUACUACAUAAACAAAGAAUGUUUUAAAUCUGCUUUAUACAAAAAAACUCUCAACCCAAUCUUAGUAAAGGCAGCUCAGAAGAAGGCCGCAAAGAGAAAGAUCACAAAGGAAACAGUGAUUCUCAGUGGAAUCCAGGACGAAGUUUCAGUGCAACUUUCCUGUGAUCCCUUGGAGCUUCAUACCAUAGUGAUUGACUGCAGCACAAUACAGUUUUUAGAUACAGCAGGGAUCCAUACACUGAAAGAAGUUCGUAGAGAUUAUGAAGCCAUUGGCAUCCAGGUUCUGCUGGCUCAGUGCAAUCCCUCUGUGAGGGAUUCCCUGGCCUCCGGAGAGUAUUUCAAAGAGGAAGAAGAAAACCUUCUCUUUUAUAGUGUGUAUGAAGCAGUGGCCUUUGCAGAAUAUCAGAAUCAGAAAGGAGUAUGUAUUCCCAAUGGUCUGAGCCUUUCCAGUGACUGACUGAGAAAGUGGAUGGAAAGGAGAAUGAUGUCCAGCCAAUAGGUUAAGGUUUGAAGUAUAUAACAUUUUCUAGUUCCACAGUGGAAACUGUUGCACUUGAAAUUUUAACCUGGGACGCCUGGGUGGCUCAGUCGGUUAAGCAUCUGCCUUCGGCUCAGGUCAUGAUCCUGGAGUCCCGGGAUCGA